CAGAAGAGAGAAAGAGAAUCGAUAUUUGUGUAAAAUUAGGCAGAAGUUUAUUUGUUUGGCAUUUUGCUGAUAAUAGAAUUUCGUUUGCGAAUUUUUGUUAUGAACAGUUUUUGAUCGACGGCACAGCACGUGUAGAAAUGUAUCUAGUGAAUAUUGCUGAAUAGCGAAAAUUGAUUUAAAUCUAAUGUCAAGAUGUAGAUCCAAAAGUAAACUGUUUGUUCUCCACAAUUUUUAGGACAACAGUGUGUUUUAAAUAAGGCCAAAUUGGUGUUUUGUAUUUGAACCUGCAAAAUGGACACCAUAGGAGAAUAUGAAUACACAACAAAAGAUAUUUUGGGUCAUGGAGCAUUUGCAGUGGUAUUUAAGGGAAGAUCUAAAAAGGAUGCGGGUCAUGUAGUGGCUAUCAAAAGUAUUGCCAAGAAGAAUUUAGCCAAAUCACAGAAUCUUUUAGGAAAGGAGAUUAAAAUUCUAAAGGAGUUAACUCUACUCCACCAUGAACAUGUUGUGGCUCUACUUGACUGUAAGGAAACAACAAAUAAUGUCUUUCUGGUUAUGGAGUAUUGCAAUGGCGGAGACCUAGCUGAUUAUUUAGCAGCAAAAGGAAGCCUUAGUGAAGACACCAUUCGGUUGUUUCUAAACCAAUUGGCUGGUGCAAUGAAGGCUUUACAUACCAAAGGAAUAGUGCACAGAGAUUUAAAACCCCAAAAUAUCCUGCUUUCACAUAGUGGUGGAAAAUUACAUCCACAGCCUUCUGAAAUAAAGUUGAAAAUCGCUGAUUUCGGCUUUGCAAGGUUCUUGCAAGAUGGUGUAAUGGCGGCUACGUUGUGUGGAAGCCCUAUGUACAUGGCUCCAGAAGUAAUAAUGUCUUUGCAAUAUGAUGCAAAAGCGGACCUUUGGAGUCUAGGAACCAUAGUAUUUCAAUGUUUAACUGGAAAGGCACCAUUCCAAGCCAGUUCACCCCAGCAAUUGAAAAUGUAUUAUGAGAAGAAUGCAAAUUUGGCUCCUAAAAUUCCACCAAGCACAAGUCCAGAACUCCAUGACUUAUUGAUGGGCUUGUUAAAAAGAAAUGCUAAAGAUAGAAUGAACUUUGAUGUUUUUUUCAGUCACAAGUUUCUUCAGAGGGUGGAAUCUCCAUCCACUCAAAGUCCUUUGCAAGGAGAAUUACCAAUGCCUAUCUAUGGAUCUUCGCCUGUAAAUAAAGUGGUGAAGCCUUCGACUCCCACCAGGGUGCAGGCAGCACCCGUUUCUCAACCAGAAUCUCCCCGAUCUACAAGAAAUGCUCUCAGUUCAAGUCCUGAAGAUGAUUAUGUUAUAGUUCCGCAGAACAUUCAAAUUCAGUCAGAUCAAUCUGUGGACAGCAGCCUUGAGAAAGACAAACCUGGUUUGAAGUUGCCUGUUAAAUCAUCCCCUCCAAGUUCUGAUCCUGCAUUGAAUAGUCCAACAAGGCCGAACUUCUUACCCAUAUCAGAACCAAUUCCAGUCCCAACACAGAAAGAGGCUUAUCAGAGAAUGUAUAAUCAGAGCAGUAAGAAAGAACCCCCAUCUUCGCCUGUGGAGAUUUCAAGUAGUAGUGUACCUCGUUCGCAACCCAUUAGCAUGAGGAGGCCACCAGAUAGGCCAAUGAGCACUGACAUCGACAUUGCUUCAAUGUCUCCUCCUUCAGUACAAUUUGUGAUUGGCACUCCACCAGGAAGAAGACGAUCCACAUCAGGUAGUCUAUGUGAAACUCCCCCGCCACCAAACAUUUGGACUGUAUCUCCCACCAGCGCUAAAAACAUGCCGUUAAAUUCGCCCUUGCGUAGAUCCGGCACUUCUCCUCCCGUUUUGAGUGGUCCUUUAGCACGGGUCCCCAUUCUCAGCAGCCCCAAUUUAUCUGAUAACAAUAACUUAGGAAAGACUCCAAUCAUACCAUUUUGCACUAGAGCUGUGACUUUGCCCGAGAUAUCAGAAAUGGGCAAUUACCAUAGAUUAUUUAGUAAUGAAUCUUCCACCAGCAACGAAGCGCCGCAACCCAUAUCUUAUACGUCGCCCGAACUUCCUGAGGAAACGCUUUUAGAGAAAGAGCAUAAUGAGACCCUAGCCAAAAUCAAUUUUGUGUUAGCGCUUAGCAACUGUAUCAUAGAAUUAGCAGCACAGAGAGCGGCCCCUAUUAGUGCUUUGGUAAAUGUAAGCACUAGAGGUAGUCCCCAGUCAAAUUUGCCUGCUUCAGAACUGGACAGGAGAACAGAGCAAUUGGUAUUAUUAGUGCGGGCUCUGCAGCUUUUGAGUUCUGGGCUGGCGCUUGCAACGAAGCAGCUGAAAUCGGGUCAGUUAAGACCCAGUACAGCCGUUAAGAAUGUCGUUUCAACGUUAAAUACAAAAUUCAAAACAACGUUGAUGGAGUGCAAACAACUUAAUAGCAGCGGUUUGCUUAAUAAAAUUGGUACCACCGAUAUUACAGCAGACAAAAUUAUUUAUAAUCAUGCAAUUCAAAUGUGCCAGACAGCAGCUCUAGAUGAACUAUUUGGUAACCCUGAAGAAUGCUUUCAGAGAUAUCAGACGGCGCAGAUACUCUUGCAUAGCCUUUCUCAGCAAGUUCACAAUCCUCAAGACAGGAUUUUGUUAAACAAAUAUAAAGACGCUGUGGAAAAACGCUUGUUUGUUUUGCAACAGCAAGGCUACAUUUUCGCGACGGAUCUAAAUUAGUAAUUUACCAUCAGAAUGUUAUGUUAAAAAUUUGUCAGUCGUUAGGGUGGGUUACGUUGUUAUCACUUUUUUUGAAACUUGAAAUUCCAACGCUACCAGUAUUUAUUUAUAUUGGUAACAAAUGGGAAAAACUGGGAUUAUUGCAGUCACCCUGUUCCUAUUAUUCCAAAGCAUAUUAUUUAGAAAGAAAAGUGUUGUGCUGUAUAAAAUUUCUCUUCAACAACUUAACCUACAUCAGAAUUGCCAGCAAUUUGAAAAAUUGAUAUUCCCAUAUUUGCCCAAAUUUUGUCUGACUGAAAUGAUAUUUUGAAAGUAAAAUACGUUUUGCGCUUCCAUAAAUGUGAAGUGAAGAUUUGAAAAGGUUUAUUUAAAAAUUAAACCUUGGCCAGCAGAGCAUUUCCCUUUUAAUUUUUAUAAAUUCCUCUCCUGUCCCGCAACCAUUCUGCAGGUAUUUUUAGUUCAAAACUAUUGGAAAAGUUGAUUUUGACUUUGACAGACUGCAAAAAAUAUUUUUUUUUAGUCGGUUCAACGGAAAUCUUACUUUUUGUUAUCAAUUUGCCAUAACAGCAGACACUUUGGAAAUAAAAUUUAUGUAUAACUAAAAUUAUUAGAAAAAUGUAUCUUGAAAAUUGAAAACUUCUUCCACUCUGAAGAAAUACUGUGUGCAAAUUUUCCAAAUUGCUGAAAAUUUUGCAUAUACAACAAUGCAGUUUCAUAAUAAAAGACAAGGUAUUUUGUUACAAAGUGAAUGUUUUGUCUGUCAUCUAACAAAAUAAGUUUCAUAGUUAAUACUGGGUGAAAGGUUUUUAUUUAUUAAUAAGCAUAUUUUACCAGCUAGUUUAGUAUGGGUUUGAUGGUUGUGUGUUUUUUUUUAUUAACAGUUGAUUUUUUUUAAAUAAAUUGUUGACUGACUCAGGUUAAGAUUGAUGUAAUGAUAUUGUAUGUAAAAAAAGUUAUACAUAUUAACAAUAUGCGCUCUCGAUUUUAGGUUAGUUUUAUAUUUUAUAUUAUAGGAAGGCUGAUUGGAAGGAUUACUACAUGAAAAUAGAAAAGAAUUGGUCUUGACCAGUGUGCAAUAUUUGGGUUAUGAAUAGUUCAUUGCUUAUGUAUAACCAUCUAAACAAUAUUCAUUUGUUUACUAAUUUAAUUUAGUACUCCAAAAAACAAUAAAAAAUCCAGUAACAUAUA